GGCGGCCCCGGCGGCUUCGGAUCUCCCCCACCCUUCCCCAACGCCCCUGGCUUCCCCGCUCCACCUUUCGGUGGCCCGCCGCCCGCUGGCCCACCCGGCGGCGGAUACAACCCGUCGUACGCGCCCUCGUACGGCCCGCCCUCGGGACCCCCAGGCGGCGGAUACGGCGGAGGGUACGGCUCGCCAUCCGGUCCGCCCCCGAUCCCGUCCAGCACCUAUCCCGGACAGCAGCGCGACGGGUAUGGCGCCCACAGCCCGUACGCACCCCCGAGCGGCCCUCCUCCCGGCGGAAGCAGUCCAUAUGCGCCUCCAGCGGGUGCUCCUCCCGCCGCGAGUUCGUAUGGCGGGAACCAGGGCGGAUACGGAGGAGGAUACGGAGGUGGGUCGGGAUACGGCGGCGACCAGGGCGGGUACGGUGGAGGCGGAGGAUAUGCGCCGCCAGCGGGCCCGCCUCACAUGCCGCCCAGCCAGCAACAGUUCUACGGCCCGCACUUCGAAGCGAACGGGCGCGAUGCGCAGCCGUUCUUCCAGUACUCGCAGUGUACGGGUCGCAAGCGGGCGCUGGCGAUCGGCAUCAACUACGUCGGUCAAAACGGCGAGCUGAAGGGGUGUAUCAACGACGCGAACAACAUGGUCAACUUCCUGUGCUCCUCGUACGGAUACAACCGGGACGACAUCGUGAUGUUGACCGACGACGCACAAAACGCGCGCCAGAUCCCAACGAAGGAGAACAUCUUCCAAGCGAUGCAAUGGCUCGUCCGUGAUGCGCAGCCGAACGACUCCCUCUUCUUCCACUAUUCAGGGCACGGUGGACAAACGAAGGACCUAGAUGGUGACGAAGAAGACGGCUACGACGAAGUCAUCUACCCAGUGGACUACCAAGACGCCGGGCACAUCGUAGACGACGACAUGCACGCUAUCAUGGUUCGCCCCCUCCCUCCCGGCUGCCGUCUCACCGCCAUCUUCGACUCCUGCCACUCCGGCUCCGCGCUCGACCUGCCCUACAUCUACUCCACCGAGGGCAAGAUCAAGGAGCCCAACCUCGCCGCGGAGGCGGGCCAAGGUCUCCUCUCCGCCGUCACCUCCUACGCGCGCGGCGACAUGGGCGGCGUAUUCAAGAGCGCCAUGGGCGUGUUCAAAGCCGCCACCGGGAACCAGUCCAAGGCGUCCCAGUACGCGAAGCAGACGCGGACGAGUCCGGCCGACGUCAUCUCGUUCUCGGGUUGCAAGGACUCGCAGACGAGCGCGGAUACGGUCGAGGCCGGGAGCGCGACGGGCGCGAUGAGUUACGCUCUGAUCACCGCCCUGACCGAGAACAAGUCGCCGACGUAUCAGCAGCUGCUGGUCGCGCUGAGGACCAUUCUAAAGAACCGCUACAGCCAAAAGCCGCAGCUUUCGAGCUCGCAUCCCAUGGACACGAACGUAAUCUUCAUCAUCUAACGGCGGGCCUAGCCCCAGUGGAGAUCCUUCUUGGUUGCGUUUUCGUUAUCUCUCUUUCUCCCUCGUCUCGUUUCUGUUGUGUGUGACGGACGCUCUCGCGUGUACUCUACUGUACUGCCUCUAUCUACUCGAAACAUGCUGGCGACGACAAAACUCGCCAUCGUACGCUCUAUGAUGUAUGCAAUAUCGCCGCGACUCGAAAUCGUGCUGUCCAUGCAAUGCCAUUGUACUCUACGCUUCGAAGCGAUCACCGACGAUCAGGUGCCGGCUGCCUGGCCGAGGGCUUUCGUCCUCUCCUCGCUGUACGCGUAUUUGGAUCGCAUCCGGAG